AUGACAGGACUUCUGCUUUCAUUGCAUGUGUCCCUGUGGUAUUUAACAGCACCUCUUGCUAAGGUUCUGCUGACUCGGUGUGCAAACCAAAGGGCUCUGACUACAAUUUGUGGUUUGCUUACUGGACUGACAAUGAUAGGUACUGCAUUUACCCAAAACAUCUUCGUGUUUGGGGCCCUUUCAACUUCAUCAGCAAUCUGCGCAUCGGUCUUGCAUCGCCAAGCCCCAACACUGUUGCAUCGAUACUUCCCAACAAACUUUACUUUCAUCAGCAUCUCCACCUUCUUUGGCGGAAUCCUUGGUAGCCUGCUUAUCCCUCUCAUGAUAUCACUGAGUCUGAUGGCAUAUGGUGUGGGUGGAGCCCUCCUAAUCCUGGGCGGGAUAUACCUGAACAUGUUACCUGCUGGGUAUGCACUCAUAGUGCCCAAAGAUCAGCGGAAGUCGUCUGUGCUGACUGAUACCAGUGGUCGCGAAGAUAGGCCUAAUACCACUACUGGAAAAGAUGGAUUCCCCAAGGACACAACCCCGUUAUUAUCCAAACAACAGAAAGCCUUUCCAGAAAGAAGAACUCCAAAAUCCAGAGAGGACUCUAUGAACAGUCGCCCAGAUGGGCAGAACAGUAUGUCAGAGGGAAACUGCAUACCUAGUGAAUUUAAGAGUAAUGACUGCACCAUCUGCGAAAUUAUGAGUACUGAGGGGGAUAAUGAUAGUGAUGUGGGAGUUUGUGUGCCCAAUGAAACCUGCACUAUUGAAAAGCAUCACCUCUAUCACAAUCACAACAUCAUCGAGAACUGUAAGUCAGCAAGAAAGUCCUUAAAUGGGGAUAUUAGUGAAGACCAUCUGAACAUUUCCUUACAGAGUGCGUCGGAUCUGACGGAAGUCAACGAGUCAUAUUUCAUCAGAUUGAUCAAGGACAUCAUCCACUUUGACUUUCUAGUUUUGAAUCCAAUCGUUUCUUGCACUCUUAUUCCGAGUGUUGGAAUACUCUUCUUUGUUAUCGGAGGAUGUGAUCUUUUUGAAGUGACUUAUGGCAUCUCGCAGGGGCUCGAGCACCGAACUGCGAACAUCCUCCCUUUCGCUUCCACCAUCGGCUGCGGUGUUUCCAGUGCUUUCCUGACUGUCGUGCUGAGAUAUAGACCCCAGUACUGCGUCUUCCUAUUCUUCGUCUCGUGUUGCUGGCUGACCGUUGGAGUUUUCAUUAUGACGCUGUCACCAUCUUUCGUUUACCUCCUGGUGAUGUCGUUCGUCGUUGGUAUCGGGGUCAAUGGUGUCAUUGUUACAUGCGAAGGCGUCAUCGAUGUCGUUGUCAACCAAGAAUAUUUUGCUGAUGGGUCAACGCUCACCGACUUAUCAAUUGGUCUUGGACUUCUUCUUUCUGGUUUAGGUGCAGGUUACGUUCAAGAUGCUUCAGGAAGCGUGAAGGUUGUUUAUUGGACACUAGGAGGGAUGAGCCUGGUAGCCUGCCUUCUAAUGACGGUCCUCAUGUUGAAAGUGUUCUGCAGUAUUUCUGAGAAAAAAUGA